CAGCGCGAGUUCGUUCUCCGAAUCGGAAUCCCGUUGGAUCAAACGCCGAAACCCUAACGAAGAAAGACCUGAACAAAAUGCUUUCGUUUUCUGGUUAAUCCAAAAAGUAUCGGAAGCAUUAUCCCCUCAACAAGACCGUUGCUUUUUCUGAGUGUGCGUAUAUAUAUAUAUACACAUAUAUAAAUGGACAUGGACAGUGGAGGCAAAGGAAGAGACGAGGAACAAGACGGCAUGUCCGUUCAUUCUCCUUGCAAAGCUCCCCUUUCCUCUGCUUCUUCUCUCCCCAAGGAGGAAUCACAGGUCGAGUUGGAGCUUAGAUUGUUGGAAGCGCUGGAAAUUUAUCCCCCGGUUAAACUACAAGGAAUACAUCGCCACUUUGUCCUCUAUGGUUUGAUGGAAUUUCUUCGGAAAAGCUUUGACCGACGCUUUUCUUCUGAUGAGGUGCUGCAGUUGCUGGAUCGUUUUUACAACUUAGAAAUGCUGAAACCAGAUGACGAGGAGAUGGAAAUCCUGAAUCACGAGGAAGAUUUUUGCUUGCCCCAAAGUUUUUUCAUCAAGGAAGAAUCAUAACUGCCAAUUUUGGCGCAGACUUGAUGGGAGAUCGAUGUUGCUUUUAGAAGGUCUAUUGUGAUAUAUUCCUUUUGAGUUGCCUCUCGAAGUAUGGUUUUUGUAAACUUUUCCAACAUCUAAAUUAGGCAAAGAGUAUAUAUUCCUCAAAUGAAACUAUAGUUGGUUUAAAAUGUAGACAACUUGAUAUCGUCCUUCUGAUGCGUUGUGCAGUCACAUUUUGUCCUCACGAAUUAUCCCAAAUUUCAAAAUACAAAUUCCUUUGUUAG